AUGUCCCCGUCAACAUCGCCCACCGGCAAUGACGGUGGGGGAUUCCCUGUCCCGCCUUCCAACAGAUCUGAAGCACCUAGUGCCAUGUCCUCAAGGAUCAGCGACGACCGAAGUGAAAUCGAUGCCCAGGGCCGCACAUCUGCGAUGGGUAAAGGAACAUCGCGACCCGGAACAGCAGUGACAGCGGCGGGAUCAGUCGUUUCCGGGUCAGUAGCGACAUCGCCAAACGUCAGGGACUCAGUCGCGUCAUGGAAGCGGACGUCCCUUUCCAGUGUGAGAGGCGACGGCCGCACACGGAGUAUAGCAAGCCGGAGCCACGUACCUUCCCUGACGUCCAACGCCUUCUUCCGCCCGAUGAGCUCUCAGAAGUUGCAAGCCCAUAGAGGAGGCGCAACUUCGCGACCAACCACGAUGGGCUCACCGAUAGACAUUCCCGGGGAUUUCGAUGAUGGGGCUACCGAUAUUGGUGGCAGUGUGAUCCAUCAGGAUGCAUCACCAGUUUCUGCAACUAUCCACACUCCUGUCGGCCUUCAGCACCCGCCCCACGAUGACGAAAAUCUCCAGCUCCCACCAUCCCGAGGGACCGAAGUCACCGAGCACGACAGAGUAACAGCAAACACGAGUCCUUCGAAUGGCCACUACGCAGGAGGGAGCUUGUCGGAUAGUGUCCGGCCUCUACGGAAGACUCCGGAGCCACACCGGAUCAAUACCAGUGUUCACGCCCUGAAGAAUUAUGAGGAGAUGGAAAAGAAUAUGCCAAAGACUCCUCGAUCCUUCCGCUCAAGCUUUUUGAUGCCUGGAAGGAGUAGCACUGGGCACGGCCGGAAUAGAAGCACAGAGGGCGCAGAAAAAUUGUCUUCUGGGGCAUCAUCUCCCAAACUUAACCCAAUAGGGUCUCGAGGUCAGCCAAACCAAGACCCUGCUACACAACGGCAAGCAUCGAAUCUCGGCCGAGUCUAUCAAUAUUUCGAAGGCAACACAAGGUUUUGGCUUGGAGGUAGAUGGCAGAAUACUAUCGGAAGACCCGUAAAUAUCGGAACAGGGAUGUUCAUUGUCUUGCCGUGUGGCCUGUUCUUUGGAUUUGAGGCAUCUUGGUUGUGGCACAAUAUUUCGCCGGCUGUUCCCAUUGUGUUUGCCUACCUCGCUUUCAUCUGCUUUUCCUCUUUUCUUCACGCAUCUGUAUCAGAUCCUGGGAUUCUUCCCCGGAACGUUCAUCGUUUCCCAGAUAUAGACGAUCAGGACCCCUUACAGAUUGGACCCCGAACAAAUGAUUGGGUCUUGGUCAAGUCCGCCGAGUCCCAAACCGCUGCUAUGGAGGUUCCAGUUAAGCACUGCAGGACGUGUAGCAUCUGGCGACCCCCUCGAGGACACCACUGCCGACUAUGCGACAACUGCGUUGAAGGCCAUGACCACCACUGUGUUUGGCUCAACAACUGCGUUGGUAAACGCAACUACCGCUAUUUCUUUGCCUUUGUAACUUCGGGUACUCUCGUUGCCUUUUACAUCAUUGCUACCAGUUUGGUUCAGCUUCUUGUUUACAGGAAGGAGGAAGGAAUAUCAUUCGGCCAGGCCAUUAACCACUUCCGCGGGCCGUUCGCCCUUCUUAUCUUGGCAGUAAUUGAGCUGCUCUACCCCGCCGCAUUAAUGGGCUACCAUAUCUUCCUCAUGGCGCGAGGAGAGACGACACGGGAGUACAUGAACUCUCACAAGUUUGCCAAGAAGGAGCGUUUCAGAGCCUUCUCGCAAGGCAACUUUAUGAAGAACAUAAUUUCCGUCUUAUGUCGACCUCGGCCGCCAACCUAUUAUCGUUUCAAGUCGAAAUACCAGGACGGCGAUCAACGACUGGGAAUCAGGCGAGACCUGAGACCCAAGGAGAGUGCACUCGGCGUGGAGAUGCAGACCGUGUCAACACCGACUGCAAGUGGCUUCCAAGGUCCUGUUUCGCUCCGUGAAGAGCAGCACCGAUAA